UAUAUAUAAUUGCAACAUCUCUCUACUCUCUCUCUCUAAGGAAAUGGCUGGUGUUUGUAGUAGGAAGCAGUUCCAUGGUUACUCAAAGAUGAAAAAGGAGGAUUUUGAAGAGAUGAUACAUAGGAGGGCACAGUUCUUGAUCUACAAGGUCUUGCAGCAAGCUGAUUCUUCUUAUCCUUCUUCUUGUUCUCGCAGAAUCAGAAUCUGCAAGCUCAAGGUGAAGAUCGGAAACAGGUUGAGGAGGCUGAGGAAGAGAAUCCUAUCUGGAUUCCAUGGACUCAAAGCAUGGAAGAAGCGCUUCUUUGCAAUUGGAAGUAGUAGUACUAUUAGAGCACUUCCUCCUUUCAUCAAAUGAUUCUCUCUUCUUCUAUCUAUAAUCAACAACUACUUCAUCUUUGUGUUUAUCAUGUCUCAUACUCAUAAUCAUAAUCAUAAUCAUACUUUUUGUUUAGACUCAAAUGCAUGCAUGCCUCAACAUUACUUUGCUUCGUUAUUUUCUUUCUUUCUUUUUUUAUUUGUAUAUAAAUCUAUCUCUUAAUCAAACAUGUGUUAAUUAAUUAAGUGUGACUUAUAAUAAUGGAGAGGGAGAGUAAUAAUGUUUAAUUAAAGAUGAUCGAAAUGUCAGGUGCUUGUUGAUGAUCUGAUCAAUGUAACAAAUGAUGAUGAUGAUGAUGAUGAUGAUGACAAUGCUUGCAUGCGGUCGGUGUAGUAGUUAAGUUUCAUAUCAAAGGUAGUGAUGUCUGUUCUGCUACUAUAAAUAUCAUUAGCGGAGUGCCACACAGAGUUAGAAAC